AUGAAGAUGCUUAUUAAGUUUGAGUCUAAGUCCUCCCGGGCUAAAGGUGUGGCCUUCCAUCCUAAAAGACCAUGGGCUUUAGUAUCAUUACAUUCCUCAACCAUUCAGUUAUGGGAUUACCGUAUGGGGAACAUCUUGGAUCGGUUUGAAGAUCAUGAAGGUCCUGUUAGAUGUGUUGAUUUCCAUCCAACCCAACCAUUAUUUGUUUCUGGUGGUGAUGAUUAUACUAUUAAAGUGUGGUCAUUAAAUACUCGGAAAUGUUUAUUUACUUUGAAUGGUCAUUUGGAUUAUAUUCGUACUGUUUUUUUCCAUAGGGAAUUACCUUGGAUCAUUUCGGCUUCUGACGAUCAAACUAUUAGAAUUUGGAACUGGCAAAAUAGACAGGAAAUCGCUUGUUUAACAGGUCAUAACCAUUAUGUCAUGUGUGCUCAAUUUCAUCCAACUGAAGACUUGAUUGUAUCUGCUUCAUUAGACCAAACGGUAAGAGUUUGGGAUAUCUCGGGCUUAAGAAAGAAGCAUUCAGCUCCAACCACAAGAUCUUUUGAAGAUCAAUUACAAAGACAACAAAUACCUCAACAAGAUGUCUUUGGUAAUGUUAAUGCGAUUGUCAAGUAUGUCUUGGAAGGCCAUGAUAAAGGUGUCAAUUGGGCCUCAUUCCAUCCAACAUUACCAUUGAUUGUAUCCGCAGGUGAUGAUCGUAUGGUAAAAGUUUGGAGAAUGAGUGACACAAAGGCUUGGGAAAUCGAUACUUGUAGAGGUCAUACUGCUAAUGUUUUAGGGUGUGUCUUCCAUCCAAAACAAGAUUUGAUUCUUUCUGUAUCUGAUGAUAAAACACUUAGAGUUUGGGAUUUAAACAAGAGAACUCCAGUUAAAAGUUUCAGACGUGAACACGAUAGAUUUUGGUUAAUCGCAAACCAUCCUAACAUCAAUUUGUUUGCUGCUUGUCAUGAUUCAGGUAUUAUGAUCUUUAAAUUGGAGAGAGAAAGACCUGCUCAUACUUUUUUCCAGAAUAAAUUGUAUUAUGUCAAUACUGAAAAACAAGUUCAAAUGUAUGAUUACCAAAGGGGUGAAGGUUCUUUGCCAAUGUUAUCUUUGAAGAAAAUCGGGAAGGCUUGGUCUGCUAUGAGAACCCUUUCUUAUAACCAAACUGAUAAUUCCAUUUUAGUCACUCAUGGUGAUGGUGACAAAUCCCAAUAUGCUUUGAUUAAUUUGCCUAAGCAUGUCACUGGUGCCAUUGAACCAACUGAUAUUAGACAAGGUGAAGGUAAUUUUGCAUGUUUUAUUUCAAGAAAUAGAUUUGUUUCAUUUGUCAAGGCUACUAACACUUUAAACGUUAGAGACUUGAGUAAUAACGUUACCAAAUCAAUCCAACUCGAUGCUUCUUUUACAGAUGCUUUGUACGGUGGCCCAGGCCGUAUUUUGUUGAUUUCAGCUCAUAGUGUUGUUAAUUAUGAUGUUCAACAAAGAAAGGAAUUGUCAAGAAUCAGUGCUAACAGUGUUAAGUACGUUUCAUGGUCAAAUGAUGGACAAUACGUUGCCUUGCUUUCAAAACAUAACAUCACCAUUGCAACUAAGGAUUUGGAAUACGUUACCUCAUUACAUGAAACUAUUAGAAUCAAGAGCGCUGCUUGGGAUGAAACUGAUGUUUUGGUAUAUUCCACAUUGAAUCAUAUCAAAUAUUCUUUAUUGAACGGUGAUAGUGGUAUAAUCAAAACUUUGGAAAAUACAUUAUAUGUUACUAAGGUAUCUGGAAAGAAGGUUUACUGUUUGAACCGUGCUGGUGAAGUUGAUGUGGUUAAUAUUGAUCCUACUGAAUACAGAUUCAAGAAAGCUUUAGUGAAUAAGAACUUUAACGAAGUUUUAAGAAUCAUCAAAAAUUCUAACUUGGUUGGUCAAAAUAUCAUUUCCUACUUACAAAGAAAGGAUUAUCCUGAAGUUGCCUUACAAUUUGUUCAAGACCCGGAAACCAGAUUUGAUUUAGCCAUUCAAUCUGGUGAUUUACAAGUUGCUGUUGUUGAGGCUCAAAAACUAAACAAAAACAGUAUUUGGGAAAGAUUGGGUGAAGAAGCAUUGAGUCAAGGUAAUCUUGAAAUUGUUGAAUUAGUUUAUCAACAAUUACACAAGUUUGAUAAAUUAUCAUUCCUUUAUUUGAUUAAAACUGAUAGUCUGAAGUUGACAAGAAUGUCUGAAAUUGCUGCUAGACGUGGUGAUGUUUCCUCUUUAAUUCAAAAUACAAUCUAUGAAAAUGAUAUUAAGAAUAGAAUUGAAGUCUUCAAGAAGGGUGGAUUAUAUCCUUUGGCAUAUACUCUUGCUAAAUCUAAUGGAUUAGAAGAUGUUGCUGCAGAGAUUUUGCAGGAAGCUGGUGUUGAUGCCAAUCAGAUUGUUUUACCCCAAUUGGGCACUCCAGUUGCUUUACCACAAGCCAGUAGCCAACCAUUGGUUAAUUGGCCAUUAAAGGAAUCAUCUAUGUCAUACUUUGAAAAGGCUCUAUUGACAGGACAAGUUGAAAACUUGAGUAUUGAAGAUGAAGUUGUUGUACCUGAUGAUCAAUUUGAAGAAGCCGCAACACCUGUUGGAGUUGAAUUUGAAGACGAAGAAGAAGAUAUUGAUGGUGAUGAUGGUGCUUGGGGAUUAGAUGAUGAGCUUGACAUUGGAGAUGAUGAUUUAGAAGAAUCUUUGAAUGUUACUAAUGCCGUUGCUUCCACAGGAGGACCAUCAGUUACCGGUGGUGCUGAAGGAGAGGUUGCUACUUGGUUGAGGAAUGCAACUACUGCAGCUGAUUACGCUGCAGCAGGUGCAUUUGAACAAGCAGCAUCCAUGCUUCAUAAACAACUUGGAGUUUCUAACUUUGAACCAUUAAGAGAAAGAUUCAAUGAAAUCUACAAUGCCAAUAAGUUAUAUUUGCCUGGAGCUUAUGAUUUACCAGCAAUGAAGACAUUUAUUAGGGCUGAUAAUGAUGAAGAUAAUCCUCACAAGUUUAAAGCCAUUAUCCCCGGGUAUUCAUCAUUGGAUAGUAAAUUAAGUGUGGGUUUCAAAUUUUUCAGAUCCAAUCAAUUAAUUGAAGCCAUUGAUACAUUCAAGGGAAUCAUACAUACUAUUGCAUUAUUAACUGUUGGAGAUGAAGAUGAAGAAACCAGAUGUAAAGAUAUUCUUACCUUAUGUCGGGAAUAUAUUCUUGGGUUAUCUAUUGAAGUUGAACGUCGUUCUGUUGGAGACAGUGAUAUUAAACGGAAUCUUGAAUUGGCAGCUUAUUUCACCAAAACUCAAUUACAAAAUCCACAUCGUGCCAAUGCAUUACAAGUUGCCAUGACUCAAUCUUUUAAGUAUAAGAAUUAUGCCAGUGCAUCAUAUUUUGCAUCUGAACUCUUGAAAAUUGUUCCAAGUGGACCAAGAAUUGAACAAGCACAAAAGAUCAAGCAAAAAGCUGAUACAAUUGCUAGUGAUGCUAUUGAAAUUGAUUUUGAUCCAUAUGCUGAUUUCGACAUUUGUGCCGGAACGUUCACACCUAUUUAUAAAGGUGAUCCAAUGGUUACUGAAGAACUUGUGGGUGCUAAAUAUAAACCAGAAUUUAAAGGUUCAACAUGUUUUAUCACAGAAAUCACUACUGUUGGUGCGCCAGCUUCUGGGUUACGUAUCAGAGGGUGA